GCAGUAAAGCCGUCCAGCUGGUUAAACUACAACACACCCGCUCCUGAAGUUAGGCGGCUGUUGUCUUCCUCGACAACCUUUUUGUGAUUUAGUUUUCUCACCGAUUAACGGCAAAAAACUUUCAAAAUGAGUAAAAUAUCUAAGCUUUUCAAGGGGAGCUCCAGUUCGAGUUCAUCCAGCUCUUCAAAGUCCAAACACCAUCACCGGUCCCGGGCAGGGCCGAGCCCUCAGGAGGCCUUGCACAGACUCCGGGAAACGGAGGAAAUGUUGACAAAGAAGCAGGACUACCUGGAAAAGAGGAUUGAACAAGAAAUAAUGACUGCCAAGAAGCAUGGCACCAAAAACAAGAGAGCUGCCCUGCAGGCCCUGAAGAGAAAAAAGCGCUUUGAGCAGCAGUUGACUCAGAUUGACGGCACGCUGUCCACCAUCGAGUUUCAGAGAGAAGCUCUGGAGAACUCCCACACCAAUACCGAGGUCCUAAAGAACAUGGGGUUUGCUGCUAAGGCAAUGAAAGAGGUCCACCAGAACAUGGACCUUGGCAAGAUAGAUGAUCUGAUGCAGGAUAUCACAGAACAACAGGAUGUGGCUCAGGAGAUCAGUGACGCCAUCUCCAGACCUUUUGGCAAGACAUUCGAUGAAGAUGAGCUGCUGGCAGAGCUGGAAGAGCUGGAGCAGCAGGACCAGGAGGACACCAUGAAGAGCAUGGGCGGACUGCCCAGCGUUCCCAACGUCAAACUUCCGUCAUCACGCCCCAGUCAGCGUACAACGACCAAGAAGAGGGUUGAAGAAGAUGAGGACGACAUGCGUAUGCUCACGUCGUGGGCAACUUAAGUGUGUCGAAAAGGCUCAUCAGACAGAGUAACACUGAAGACUAUACAAAGAUCUUAUUUUUUUGUCUUUGUUUAUAAAACAUUUUGUAAAAUAUUUUUGUUGAAGGAUUUUAGGGAAAAUGAAGAGUUAUGUGUUUUCUUUUGUUGAAUAAGCUUUAAAUUUUUUAAUGGUACUGAUCAAAAAUAAAAAUGAAGGAAUAAACCAUCUUGUUUUACA